AUGGUCGUGUCGGAAGGACUUUUGGAAGGGGAGGAAAGUCGUAAGGCGGCUGAUAUGGAUCAGCGGCGUGCCUUGAAGGAAAACUUUAAGCGCCGACGCAUGCAAAGCGAACAGGUGCGCGAAGAAGACGGAACGCUGCGGCUCUCGAAGCAGCUGCUAACGGUCACUCGAGAAGACACUCAACCGGAAGACCAAAAGACCAUGGACGAUCAAAAGACUACUGCUGAUGAAAAAACCAUUGCGGACCAGAAGAUAACUAAAGAAAAGCCGAAGCCACAGGCAACACACAGCUUGGCGCGACAAGCUGUCAUUAAUCCUUUGGUGCACGCAGAGCUUAAGUCUCUUUUGAAAUCUAAACAGAACUAA